AUGCCGAUGUGGCAAGAUGGUUUUCCUAAAGGGCGCCUUCAAGCCAUCUUUGCAAUGUUGCUGCAGCCUGUCGGCCUAUCCCCGGUCUGGGAGCGCGAGUUGACGGCAUUCAUUGGAUUUAUAGAAAAUAAGUCCGUGUUCACCGGUAGGUUGGUGCACAUCCUGCAUAUUUUAGAGUUGUGCUUAUUGGGAACCGUGUUGGCGAGGCGUCGCAAUUGCAGUCACACAGAUCGGCGUUGCUGUAGGAUGGGCAAAUUGUACUAUGAUUAUAGAGAAGUUUGCAAAAAGUAG